AUGUGUUUUGUAAAUAAAAGUUAAAAAACUCCCAAAAUGUCUGUAGUUGAUGCAAAUUCCUUAUUAAAAUUUUCAAAUUCGCAGGAUUUAUUACAGUUUCUUCAUUUCUGUAUUGAUGAGAUGGUAGGAAAAAGUAAAAUCUCCAUGGAUAGCUUUAAUAAUGAAAUAGAACUCACAAAAGAUGAGUUAAAAAAAACUAAAAAUUACGUUCAAGUUCUUUUUACAAACUUGGCUCAUCAUAAGGAUUUUAAGAUCGAUUUACAAGAUAGUAUUCAGGAAGCCAUUCGAAACUGUUUUACGAUAAGAAAAGAGGAUAUUGAAAACCAUGUUAAAUAUGAAAAUAUCGUAAAUUCAGGCUUGUUAUUGGUUGAAAACUUUGAUUGGAAGUUAAAAUGGGUGAUUGGAAGCUCAAGUUUUGCUACCCUAUGUGAACCUUUGGUUCAAAUUGAUUUUAAUUGUGGUGGGAAUGGUAAUAUCAAAGAAAAUGUAAAUUUUGAAAUGACUUUUGAACAAGUUGAAAGAAUGAUUGAAGAAUUGGAAAUGAUGAAAACCAAAAUUAAAUAAAUUUGGAUUGAAUUGGUGCUUUAUUAAUGUUUAUUUAAUAUAUAUAUAUUGUUAACACAUCCUUUGAUAGGUCAAUAAUAAAUCGUUUGUAUUCGAAAACAAACUUUAUUUUUAUUCUCUUUUUACGCUCAACUAUAUAAUAUCUACCACAGUCCAGGUGCUUCAUUUAUAUGUAUUAUAUUUUAGGCUAUUUUCUGCUGCCACUUUUGACAUUUUGUGAAAACUUGUUUAUGCCCGAUUCAAAUUGAUCCAGAAGCAUUCCAACGCUAGAAUGCUACUGGAACAAUGUGAACCGGCACUGGAAUGUACUCAUUCCAGUAAGCAAUCCACUCCAGUGACUGGAUCGACGGUCUACUUUUUCAUUCCAGCGCCACUGAAAUAAAGUGGACCGUUCCUCCAGUGCUUAAGAUUGCGAAUUCUUAACGAAUCGAUUAAGAAUCCACUGGACUGGAUUGACUCGCUGGAAUACUGGACUGGAAUAAUGUGAACCAGGUAUUAGACUAUUACAAAUUAAACAUAUGUAUUAAUUGAAUGGUAUUAAAAAAAUAAAAGUCAAUUUUUAUAGGAAACACCCUAAGUGUAUUUUAUUAUUAUAUAUUUAUAAACACAUUCACACUUACAAUGAAGUUGCAUUUACGAGAACACAGCCUUUUUGAUAAGUCGAUAGGGGAUAACAGUACGAAAUAUCAAAGAAGAGCUGCGUAGAGCGUAGUUAUGAGGACCAUGACCGGUUUUUUUUUAAGUAUUUUCCUAAUUAUUGAUUAGUAUUUUUGAAUGUUUCAAAUGUUGUGUUAUACUAGGUCCUCAAAACUACAUUCCAUCACUUACAACUAUUUUUUUUUUUUUAAUUUCUUGUAA